GUUCUUAUUAUACGCUCCAAGUGUAUGAAAUUAACAGAUUAGGAGAAAUGAAAUAUGUGUUUACUGUUUUCAUGCACCAACGAGGUAGAAUAGGCUUGUUUGAUUCUCAUGAAACAUUCAAAAUCUAAGUUAGCAGCAGUUCUGAUCUCCACAGCUAAUAAAGCCAACUUUUUUGUAGUUGGUCGAAUUAUUUAUUGCAUCUGUCAGAUGUCUUUCAGAAAAUACGUAAAAAAAAAGAACACGAAAAAUCUAAAAGGAGAUGUCAACAAAUUCGGAUCUGGUAAAAACAAUCAUAAUUUAUUUUUGGAAAAUCCCACCAAAGAUUUUCUGUUUUAUUAACUUCUACAACCAAGGGAAGGUACAAGGCGGUUUUAUAACGGAAAACAGCCUUCUCACAUCGUGUCCUGAGGUUGUCUUUGUCGUUCUUGCUUCAUCAUAAAAACAAUUUUCCUUCUUAAAAUCAUCUAAUAACGAAACCCAAUCUACCAAAAUCUGCAGAACUAAAUAAACGAGAGGAUUAAUAACCUGUUUCAAGUAUUGAAGGUUCUUGUCUUACUUUAUGCUUUUCUUGUAAAACCCAUCAGCAGCAAGCGAGAUAUACCCCAAGGAUAGUUACGCAAUGGAACAAUGGAAGUUUAUAGGAAUAAACUAGUGAUCCUCUGACCUCUGGAAAACUACAAAACAAAGAAUUAGCUUAGGUUUUAAACUUUGUAGAAAUGAGUUGUUUCUUGGGGUCAACCACGAACAGCAAAAGUAGGGAGAAUGAAGGCUCAUCCAUGGUUGCUGGUUAUGAACAACAGAACCCUCAGUGGAAUGAUAGGGGACAAAUAACUUCAUGGGAAUCAGUGGCAAUUAGCAAAGAAUCACCAAUCAAUAUUGAGGCAAAGAGUUACACAUUCCGUGAAUUAGCGGCUGCUACAAAUAGUUUCAAGCAAGAGUUCUUAAUUGGAGAAGGAGGGUUCGGGAGAGUUUACAAAGGGAAGCUGGAGAAAACAGGACAGGUGGUGGCUGUGAAGCAACUUGAUCGAAAUAGAUUACAAGGGAACAGAGAGUUUCUGCUAGAGAUCUCUGCGUUAAGUACUCUUAAUCAUCCCAAUCUUGUUGAUCUUAUUGGAUAUUGCGUUGAUGGAGACCAAAGACUUCUUGUUUAUGAGUUUAUGCCUCUUGGUUCCCUUGAAGAUCAUCUUCUCGUUAAACCAGAUGCUGCACCGGGACAACAACCAUUGGAUUGGAACACUCGGAUAAGGAUAGUCUUAGGAGCUGCAAAAGGGCUUGAGUAUCUCCACGAAAAGGCAAACCCUCCGGUGAUAUAUCGAGAUUUUAAAUCGUCGAAUGUACUGCUCAACAGAGAUUUCGAAGUAAAACUAUCAGAUUUUGGUUUGGCAAAACUUGGUUCGGUUGGUGACACACAAAAUGCAUCGUCCCGAGUUACGGGAACCUACGGUUAUUGUGCUCCUGAGUAUCAGAAAACCGGUCACCUUACGGUUAAAUCUGAUGUGUAUAGUUUUGGAGUCGUGUUGUUGGAACUCAUAACCGGUAAACGUGUUAUUGACACAACGAGACCGAGUUAUGAGCAAAACCUUAUCACUUGGGCACAACCGAUUUUCAGAAAACCAAAUAGAUUCCCGGAGCUAGCUGAUCCACUCCUUCGAGGCGAGUUCCCGGAAAAAAGUCUAAACCAAGCUAUAGCAGUAGCGGCAAUGUGUCUGCAUGAAGAACCAAUAGUUCGACCAUUAAUCAGCGAUGUCGUUACCGCCUUAAGUUUUAUGAGUACAGAAACCGAUUCAUCAUCUGGUUUCACGGGUAGCGUCCUAAAAUUUCAACCUUCGUCUGGUAAAAUUCAAACAGUGGAGGACCUGCUUCAAUAUUAGUCACCUCCAAGACAAAGAGAUGUGAACUUGCUACUAUAAAGACUUUUACAAAACGUUUCGAAACUUAUUUAUUUUCUUUCUUUUCAUUUAUUUAUUUAUUUAUAUAAAUAAUACUGUAUAGUUAAAUAUUCACGCCAUGUUUUUUUUU